AUGGGGCCAAGUGGAAGUGACCCACAGGAGUCGACAGCUCUGCUCGAGAAUCGCCAUCGCCCUGAUAAAUACCGGUGGGGAAUCAUCACCGCUAUUGGUUUUUCGUGGCUUGGCUCAUUUCUUGCUGCGCUGGACAGCACUAUUACUUCCACCGUGUCGUCGGCGAUUGCUACAGAGUUUAACUCGAUUGCGACCAUCUCAUGGCUGGGAUCGUCAUAUCUGAUCGCUUUAACGGCCAUCCAGCCACUAUGUGGAAAAUUAAGCGACAUUAUUGGACGAGGAAACAGCUUCUUGAUCGCAUGCGUGUUGUUCGCAGCAGGUAAUCUUACCUGCAGUCUCGCCAGGUCUCUGCCGGUGAUGAUAUUCGGGAGAGUCCUCUCUGGGGUUGGCGGUGGCGCAUGCAAUGCGGUCUGUACUUUCGUUUGCUCGGACCAUAUUCCCUUACGGAGUCGUGGGCUAUGGCAGGGCGUGGGCAUGGUUCUCUAUGUGACGGGGUCGGGCCUCGGAGGCGUGGUUGGAGGUGCUCUGAACGAUACCUUAGGAUGGCGCUGGGCUUUCGCGAUCCUGGUGCCCUCAUCUAUCAUUGUUGGCAUCGGGACUAUUGCUUCUAUCCCGCGAAAGGCAUCUGAUGAUGAGAGUAUCAAGGCAAAGCUCGCACGUGUCGAUUUUCUCGGAGCUUUCACUCUUGUGGCUGCACUUGCGCUGCUCCUCGUCGGUCUUAGCGAUGAGAGUGGCAAAUCGGCGGAUCUAAAGCUACUCCCUGCCAUAACACUUCCUCUAUCCGCAAUUUCCCUCGUCCUUUUCGUUGCGAUAGAAUAUCGCUUUGCAAAGGAGCCUAUCAUCCCGCUGAAGCUUCUUCACAACCGGACUCUGAUAGCGGCGUACGUAGCCGCCUUCUUCGGAUCCAUGAUGUUCUAUACUUUGAUGUUCUACGUACCAAUCUACCUGCAGCUCAAGGGCGCCAGCACGAGCAAGACUGGGAUCCAACUAAUUCCGGAAUCUGUCGGAGGGGGAUUGGGGCCGUUCCUCGCAGGCACGUAUACUCGCGUCACCGGGAAAUACGGUGUGUUGAACGUGAUUGCACCCGCUCUGAUGACGGCGGGCAGCGCCGGAUUUGCGUUCAGUAAUCUGAGCACGAAACUGUCUCUAUCAGAGCUCUUCCUGUUCCUCAACGGGCUGGGAUUUGGUGGCAGACAGACAGUAUUACUUGUCGGUCUUCUCAGUACCGUUGAGCACGAAGAACAUGCAACUGCUACAUCCGUAAUGUAUGCUUUCAGAUCUAGCGGUGCGACGAUUGGAUUGUCUGUGGCCAGUCUCUUGUUCCGCAUUGGUGUUGAAGGGGACAAUCUGCAAGAAGCGAUCAAAUGCCUUCCGCGGGCAAAGAUGGAUGCCAUUAUCUAA